AUGAAGCUCCGAGCCCCAGUCCCAGGCUCUGAGCCCCAGCCAAGGCUCUCAGUAUACGCGACACACCCCCCAGCGUCAACUUGGCUUGUUGGAGCAGCGCUGCGCGUUUACCCUGUGUUUGUGCUCGUUGCCCCAGGCAGCGCGAUGAUCGUUUCCCUAGGCAGCACAGGUCACGUGCGUGCCCUUCUCUUCUGUAAGUCCCAACAACAUGCCGCGUGUAAGUUAAUGCUUUUGAGAGCUCCAAGAACAACUCCAAACCUGUCUGCGAUCUCCGCUAACGUGUGUAUGAAGCUCAAUAAAGCUAAACGAGCCGCUCGCGCGCGUGCCCUGCGGGGCCGCGCUGCCCGCAAGCCCGCAGCCCCCCGCCGCCCUGCGCCUACCACCGCCCGCCGCCCUGCGCCCACCACCCCCCGUCGGCCCGCGCCCCCCGGUCCGGUCUCGACUCCUCGCCGGCCUCCCCCUGUGGGGAGUGCCAUGAUUCCGCCACUGGCGGUUCGCGCUGCUGGCGCUGUUCCUCCGGGCACAGCUGCCUGCCCCUAUAAGCCCUGUAGCAGUGUUCCCCCCGUCGCCGUCGUCUAUGCGCGGCGCCUUGUUGCGGCGCUCGUCGCGGAGGACGAGCGGGCUGCGUCCCGGCUUCGGCCGGUGGUUCGAGCUCUGCUCGAAGAAGAUGUCGUGGAGGAGGAGGAGG